AUGAGGGAAAAGGAAAGCGUUCCUGUUUUGCUUCCUCCGUCGUCAGCACAUCUGCGAGUAAAGCCAGCUGGAUGGUCUUGGUCGAAGAUGAUGCAACUCCGCCUCAUCCCCCCCGGCUUGUGCUUCGCCUUCUGCGCACUCAUCCUCCAGACUUGGUUCGUCACGGCUGCCGUCCAGCUCGACCUCGACGUCACGGCCCACACGUCUGGUCUGGUCGAGGCUGACUGGACCUCGGUCUACUACUCAGAUGAGCAGCCGCUCUUCAUCUCCAACGAUGGCGGCACUUCGACGGGAGGGUUCCACGUCUGGAACCUGGACGGUGCUUCGCCGCUGAAGAAUGUCUCGAGCGUGUGGGCCGGGCGCACCAAGCUCGUCACCACCGUCUACGACGUCGACGGCAAGGACUACCUCUUCACCAUCCCACAGACCACAUCGGCCCUCUCGGCCUACCAGCUUCCGGGUGCGUCCCACGCGGAGCCGUCUCGACGUAUCGUUCUCGGUGACUGGUCUGCCCUCUGCUCGUGGAGGAGCCUCAGUGCCAACAACUACCUCUUCCUGUUCGGCAAGACCCAGGGCGUACAGCUCCUUGUGCGCCCCAGGGAUGGCUCGGUCGAGACUGUCGAGGUUCAGACUUUCGACGUCCCCGUGGAGGUCGGCGGCUGCGCCGUCUCGGAAUCCCAGUCCCAGAUGCUCCUGGCUCCCGACGAUGGCAAUGAGCUGUAUCGCUUCGAUCUGGCCGAGUCGACCACGCCGCCCAACCUCUCCGUCUCCGCCGAGACCAGCGACGAGAUUACCGGCGUUGCCGUGUAUGCCACCGCCGGCAAUGAGAGCGACUACGUCUUUGUCGCGCUCGAAGGUGCCAUUUCUGUCUACGACUACGAGUGGAAGCGCGUCGGGAUCCUCAACAUCACGGGGCUCAAGGAUAUCGAGAUUGAGGGUCUGAGCAUGUACCAAGCCAGGACGGCCAGGUACCCCGUCGGUGCUCUCAUCUACGCCCUGGAGGCGGCCGGCGACUUUGAAGGCUUCGGAGUCAGCUCGCUUGAGGGUGUCCUCGGAGAACUGGGGAUCAAAGCCAACACCGAGUACGACCCUCGUGCCCGGGCCGGUCAGACCGAGGAGUCGACGAUCGGCAAGGAGUGCUCCUACAACGGUUUCCUGGACAAGACUGCUAACGCCUGCGACUGCUUCGCCGGGUCGACCGGCGAGCGAUGCGAGAAGAACACGUGCACCGACGACUGUUCGGGCCACGGUACCUGUGUCGGCCCGGGGCAGUGUAGGUGUGGAGAGUCAUGGGGCGGCCUCUACUGUUCGUUCCUGCUUGUCGAGCCCGAGAGCGAGACGGAGGCCUACGGCGUGGACGGCGACGAUCCUGCCAUCUGGGUCUCGCCCGUCUCCCCGGAAAUGUCUCGGAUUGUGACGACUACCAAGUCGGAAGAAGGUGCGGGUCUGGGCGUGUUUGACCUGGACGGCAAGAUGCUGCAGAACCUGCUAUCGGCGCAGCCGGACAAUGUCGACAUAAUCUACGGCUUCAAGGCGGGCAACCGAACUGUCGACCUAGCCUUUGCCGCCUGUCGCGGCGACAACACCCUCUGCAUGUUCGAGAUGACUACGGAUGGCGAGCUCCGAGACAUUGCGGGCGGCAUCCAACCGUCGUAUGCCGAGGGCGAGACGUACGGCUCGUGCGUCUACCGAUCCAAGAAGACGGGCAAGCAGUACCUCUUUGUGAACGAGAAGUCGGGGCGGUACAUGCAGUACGAGCUCACGUCGACCUCGGACGGCGCGCUCUCGACGAAGCUGGUGCGCGACUUUGUCGGCGGAUCCGGCGGUCAGGUCGAGGGCUGCGUGACGGACGAGGACAACGGCUGGCUGCUGCUCGGCGAGGAGCCGUCGGCGCUCUGGCGGUUCGAGGCGGAGCCGGACGGCAGCAGCGAGGGCUACCGGAUCGCGCACGUGGGCGACGGCAAGCUCUGGGGCGACGUCGAGGGCGUGGCGCUGGUGCAGGGGAGCGCGAAGGACAAGGGCUUCAUCCUCGUGUCGUGCCAGGGCGUCAGCGCGUACAACGUGUACAGGAGGGCGCACCCGCACGACUACGUCACGACGUUUACGGUGGCGACGACGUCGGACGGACAGGUCGACGGCGUAACCAACACGGACGGGCUGGCGGCCAUCAGCACCAACCUCGGGCCCAAGUUCCCACGUGGGCUCGUGGUGGUGCACGACGAUUCCAACGAGCUGCCCGGGGGCGGUGCGUCCGACAAGGCCAGCUACAAGCUCAUCGGCCUCGAGAACAUACUCGGGGCAGAAGCUGUCAAGAGUCUGGGACUCAUGGAGGAUGUGGACGAGAGCUGGGAUCCAAGGGCGUAG